GUUUCGUCUUCCUUCCACAGCCUGUUUGACAUGGGCGCCAACUACUACGGCUACGCCUCCGACAUCACCUGCUCCUUCCCCGUCAACGGCAAGUUCACCGCGGACCAGCGCCUCAUCUACAACGCCGUGCUCAAGGCCAACCUGGCCGUCAUGAACGCCGCCAAGCCCGGUGUGUCCUGGGUGGACAUGCACCGCCUCGCCAACCGAGUCAUGCUGGGCGAGAUGGCCGCCGGAGGGCUGCUCAAAGGCGACGUGGACGACAUGCUGAAGGCUGGACUGGGCGCUGUCUUCCAGCCGCACGGCCUGGGCCACUUCAUGGGGCUGGACGUGCACGACGUGGGUGGCUACCUGGACAAGGACCCGCCCAGGCCCACCGAGCCGGGCGUCAGCAAGCUGCGCACGGCCCGCGUCCUGCAGCCCGGCAUGGUGCUCACCAUCGAGCCCGGCUGCUACUUCGUGGACCACCUCCUGGACGCCGCGCUGGCCGACCCCGUCAAGUCCAAAUUCCUAGUCGCCGAUCAGAUUGCGCGCUUCCGAAACUUUGGUGGUGUGCGCAUCGAGGAUGACGUCCUCAUCACGGAGACGGGCUGCGAGGACCUCACCAAGGUGCCCCGCUCGGUGGAGGAGAUUGAGAAAACUAUGAAGGAGAAGGAGGGUGGCGUCGAGAUUCCCUCGCACAUCACCAAAGUCAAGCAUGGACUCCCCUCCAACUGGCACCACUGAGACCCCGGCACUUGCUGCGCGCUCAUUCGAGCACCCUGUACUGAAACUGUUGGCUCUUUUACAGCCUUUGUGUAUAAAUCAGAAAAAAGUCAUUACUGAUGAUCGUAUUAUUUUUGUAUGAAUAUUACUUGUUAAGGCUCAUGCUGUUAUUUACAUGGAAUAAAUAAGCCACUGUGAUUUUUAA